AUGGGUGACUACUACAAAGCACUUGAAUUCGUCGAUGAAGCACUUAUAAUAAGAGAAACAUCUCUGCCUCCGAAUCAUCCGGAUUUAGCUGAGUCCUACAUCAACAUCGGUGAAGUUUAUAAUAAGAUGAGUGACUACUCAAAAGCACUUGAAUUCUACGAAAAAGCACAUGAAAUCUACGAAAAAGCUCUGCCUUCGAAUCAUCCCGAUUUGGCCACUUCCUACAACAACAUCGGUCUAGUAUAUAACAGCAAGGGUGACUACUCAAAAGCAUUUGAAUUCCACAAAAAAGCACAUCAAAUCUACACAAAAGCUCUGCCUCAGAGUCAUCCUUCAUUGAGUGCUUCCUACAACAACAUGGGUCUAGUAUGUGACACCAUGGGCGACUACUCAAAAGCACUUGAAUUCUACGAAAAAGCAAAUACAAUCGCCGAAAAGACUCUAACAUCGAAUCAUCCAGAUUUGGCUACUUUCUACAACAAUAUUGGUCGACUUAAUGAAAUGGUUUACUUAAAUUCACAAAUAGUUGAUUCAAUGGUGCCACAUCGUAAUGUGAACCGUAUACAAUUCGGAAUUUUAUCUCCAGAUGAAAUUCGACGAAUGUCGGUAACAAAUCCACCGAUUGAAUAUGUAGAUUUAUUGGAAGAAGGAAAAGCAAAUAUUCAAGGUCUUAUGGAUCCACGACAGGGUCCACCUGAUCAAAAUUCAAAAUGUCAUACUUGCGCUGGUUCUUAUGUUGAAUGUCCUGGACAUUUUGGUCACAUUGAAUUGAUCAAGCCCGUAUAUAAUAUUGCUUUUUUAUUGAAAAUAUUGAAGAUUUUACGAUGUGUUUGUUUUCAUUGUUCGAAACUAUUGGUCGAUCCAAAUGAUUCAAAAAUAAUUGAUAUUAUUAAAAAAACAAAAGAACAAUAUCGUCGACGUCUUGCUUAUGUUUUUGAUGCAUGUAAAGGACAAAGGAUUUGUCAAGGAACUAAGAAUCAAAACCAUGUAACAAUUAAAACUUCAGAUGGUUGUGGAAGAAAACAACCAAUUUAUCGUCGAUCGGGUUUAGAAUUGACAAUUGAAUGGAAACAAACAUUAAAAGAAAAUGAAGGAACGAGAUCAAAAUUAUCAGCUGCACGUGUUCUGGAAAUAUUUCAAAAAAUUUCUGAUCCAAUUUGUGAAAUCCUCGGCAUGAAUCCUCAACAAACACGACCUGAUUGGAUGAUUCUAACUGUUUUGCCAGUUCCUCCUAUGUGUGUUCGUCCAUCAAUAUCAUCAUUUGAUGAUGUAACUCAUUGUCAUGAUGAUUUGACAUACAACUUAGCAAAUAUAAUUAAAGCAAAUAAUAUCUUACGUGAACAUGAACAACAUGGUGAAGCUUCACAUAUCAUUGAAGAAGAUUUGCAACAUCUUCAAUAUCAUUGUGCAACUUUAAUUGAUAAUAAUAAGUCUGGAAUACCAAAAUCUUGUCAGAAAAGUGGAACACCAUUAAAAUCUAUAAAAGAACGAUUAGAAGGUCCAUCACUUGUAUUUUAUUAUCUCUCUAUAUAUAUAUAG